GAAAAGAAGAUCUGGGGCUGGCUAGCAGAGAAACAUUGCUGAGUGUAAACACUACAAGGCAUCUCUGAGUGCUUUUAUCAUACAGAGCCUGAAAGUAUUUGCAAUUUGUGACUCUGCAAUCAGAAGCAGUCUUGCAAGCAAGGAGUGCUUAUUGUGGAUUUUCAGUACAGAGAAAACUACAGCCAAGCUGACCAGAAAGACUGGAAUUUCAUCUAUCUAUCUCCCCUCCCCCUCUCUGCUUUCUCUCUGUCGCUCACUCAUUGGAUUUCUUUCUCUGCCAGCCUUUUAAAACAGAAAUUACUGGGUCAGUGACAUACAUUUUUCCUCUUUUUCUAGUAUGAUCUCAUGUUCAGCCUCCAGCAGAAACGCUGCUACCUGAUGAACAAACCUUGAGAUCACAUUCAUCAUUUUGUCAGGCUUGACCAAUGAAUUUUAUAAAAACCUGAGGAUAUUUUGAAAAUAUCUGUCCAAUAACUGCCAAAACUUCAGUCAAGGAGAGCCUAUUAAUAGAAAACAUGUCAUACAUUUUUUAUCUGUGAUUAAUAAUGUCUUCAUUGCGUGGUGAAAGUCUGCUGGUGGAGGAAGAAGACUCCUUCUGUUGAGAAAUAUUUUCAGUAGUGAAAAAGGCUGGCACUCCUUUAUAAUAUGAAGUUUUUUGAGAAAGGCUGGCUGCUUCUACUGCUGCCUGUCGCCUUAAGAGUUGUGUGCUCCUCCUUUAUCAGUGUGAACCUUGGGGUGAAAGUGAUGAAGGGACAGUCUGUCUUCCUGUCAGAAGAAGACCUCAACUUUUCCAUCCCCAGAGAGAAAGAUGCCUGCAAAGUAGAAGUGAUCAAUGAGCCAAUAACACAGAGGGUUGGGGAACUUACUCCACAGGUUUUUGACUGUCACUUCCUUCCUAAUGAAGUCAAAUACACCCACAAAGGAUGUCCACUUUUAGAUGAAGACAUGGUCAUGCUUAGGCUGUACAGGUUUACAGAAACGGAAACAUUUGUAGAAACAUUCACCCUUCAUGUGCAGUUACUUGAGCCAGACUGUAACAUCAUAAAAAUGCGCUCCCAUGCGUUGGAGGUCCCUGAAUACUAUGGUCUGUCUAGGGUGAUUGACAAGAAUGUCCUCACCUUUGAUUACGACAGGAAGAUAAACCUGGAUUGCACCAUUUCCAUAAUCUCUUCGGAAGCUCACCUGCCUGCCCAUGGCCAGCUUAUCUCCGGGAAAGUGCAGCAAGGGCAGUUCCGUGGAGAUCAGCCAUGGAGCUUCUCCCCUGGCACUGAGCACAGCCUGGGCCAACCGUGCAGAAACAGGAGCUGUGCACUGGAACUAGGAGACAUGAGCAACAAAAAGAUGAGUUGUGAAGAAUUUCUGAGGAUGGGAAUUCAGUACAGACACCUUGAGCCCCCCUCACCUGACAUUGAUUAUAUUCCUGUGAGGCUGGAUCUCUCAGACAGCAGAAGCAAAACUCUGCAUAAGACGGAGUAUGCAUGGCUCCCUGUUCAGAUUAGAGGUGCUGUUCCCAACCAAAUACCCAGAGCUGCCCCAAUGGCAAAGUUCAUCCUGGAAGUAGACCAAUUUAUUUUAACCCCUAUUACAACCACAACCAUCGAUGCAGAAGACAAUGAAACUCCAAAGUCCCUGCUUAUAUUCAACAUUACCAAGCCACCUCCACGAGGCUUUAUCACUCACCUCUCUGACCACACAAAACCUAUUGGCUCCUUCACGUGGCAGGAUCUCAGUGACACGCUCAUUGCUUAUCAGCCUCCAAAUAACAGCCACACAGAGAGGAGGAAUUAUGAGGUGGAAUUUGAGGUGCAUGACUUCUACUUUGAAAGGAGUUUACCAGUCACUGUGCAUCUUUCUAUCAGAACAACAGAUACAAAUGCCCCUCGGGUUUCGUGGAAUACAGGCCUCAACCUCCUAGAGGGGCAAUCCCGACCCAUCACCUGGCAGCACUUCCAAGUUGUAGACAAUGAUGACAUCCAGAAUGUUCGCUUGGUCACCGUUGAUGGCUUACAGCAUGGGCGGCUGUCAGUCAGAGGAGGGAAAGGAUUCAUGUUCACUGUCUCUGACAUUCAGGCUGGAGUUGUCCACUACCAUCAUGAUGACAGUGAUUCUACUAAGGACUUUGUGGUAUUUAGAAUUUUUGAUGGCUCCCACAGUAUUCGCCACAAGUUUCCAAUAAAUAUUCUCCCUAAAGAUGAUAGCCCUCCAUUUCUGAUCAGCAAUGUGGUCAUUGAAAUUCAAGAGGGACAGACAAUCCUGAUUCAGCGCUCCAUGCUUCAUGCUUCAGACAUGGAUUCCAGUGAUGACUACAUAAUGUUCAAUAUUACCAAGCCACCACAAGCUGGAGAAGUCUUGAAGAAACCUGGACCAAACAUGAUAGGGUAUUCUGUCAACAGUUUUCUUCAGAGGGAUCUAUUUAAUGGAAUGAUUUAUUAUCGUCAUUUGGGAGGAGAAGUAUUUGAAGAUUCCCUUGAGUUUGUGCUAUGUGAUAGCCACGACCCUCCAAAUCUCUCAGAGCCACAGGUGAUGAUGGUUCACAUUAUCCCUGUGGAUGAUCAGCUGCCCAGAGAAGCUCCAGGAGUGACUCGCCACCUGGUUGUUAAGGAAACUGAGAUUUCUCACCUAACUAAGAAACAUCUCCACUUCAUAGAUGUGGAAGAGCAAGACAGGGAGCUCACAUACACCAUAACCACUUCCCCAUUUUUCUCUUGCACCCAUGGCUACUCAGAUGCUGGGAAGCUGUUUUUGGUGGACACCAUCCCCAAACUGGUCAAGGAUCCCACUGCUCUUGCAUUGCGGUCAUUUACUCAGCAUGCUGUGAACUAUAUGAAAGUUGCUUACAUGCCACCCCUGCAGGACAUUGGACCCGAACCUCAGCAAGUCCAGUUUAUUUUUUCUGUCAGCAAUCAGCAUGGAGGCACUUUGUAUGGGAUCUGCUUCAAUAUUACAAUUCUUCCUGUGGACAAUCAAGCCCCAAAGGUUUUUACAACCCAUUUGAGAGUGCAAGAAGGUGGCAUGACCCCUAUUACAGAGGGACACAUUCUCAUCUCUGAUUCAGACACGAAACGAGAGCAUCUCUUCCUGCUCCUGCGGAGGCAGCCGCAGCAUGGAGUAGUGGAGCUGGAUAACAUUCCCAUGAAUGGAGGUGACAGGCUUUCCUGUGAGGACCUGCGUACCCUAGCAGUCAGAUAUCGUCAUGACGGCUCUGAGACUCUCACUGAUGAUGUUUUCUUUGCAGCCACAGAUGGCAUCCAUUUUGUAGAGUUCAUCCUGCAGGUCAAGGUGUUGCCUGUGAAUGAUGAGCUACCUGUUAUGCAAACAGGCCUUGUUCCCGUGCUCCACUGCCUGGAAGGUGAAGAAGUAGUCCUCUCCUCUGAGUACCUUUACGCCACAGAUGUGGACAGUGAUGACAUGGAACUGACAUUCAUGCUGGCCCGCCAGCCCCACCACGGGGCAGUGAGGAAAGCUGGCAUUGCCGUGGAUCGCUUCUCCCAGGCUGAUGUCAUUGCUGGCUCAGUCACAUACAAGCACACUAGUGGUGAGAUUGGCCUGACUCCUUGCAUUGAGAUCUUAACCUUGAUUGUCUCUGACGGUGAGGCUGGCCCAGAUGUGAAGGACUGCUGUGAUGAUGGGCCUCCUUCUCCCCCAGUUUCACGUGAUGAUCCAUUUCCUGUCUACGACCUUAACAUCACUGUACUUCCAGUGGACAACCAGCCUCCAUCAAUUGUAACCGGUGCAAGCUUUGUGGUGGAAGAGGGCUCCUCAGCAGCCCUUACUACCAGACAUUUGUCUGCCACUGACCCUGACACCGCUGCAGAUGACUUAGAGUUUGUGCUGGUUUCUCCUCCCCAGUUUGGUUACAUUGAAAACAUACUGCCUUCUCCUGGGUUUGAGAAGAGCAACAUGGGAAUAAGCACAGGUUCAUUUCAGCUGAAGCACCUGAAAGCCAUGAAUAUAAACUAUGUUCAAGCCAGGCACGUGCGAAUGGAGCCAACAGAAGACAAAUUUGUACUUUAUGUCACUGAUGGGCUGCAUCGCUCAGCAGAGACUCCAUUUUUUGUGCAAAUCAGCCCAACCAAUGAUGAAGUUCCAGAAUUCAUAGCCAGGAAUAUUACCGUUCAAGAAGGGGAGAUGAAAGAGCUGGAUCUGUCUGUUAUCAAUGCAGUUGAUCUGGAUGUGCCUAGAGACCCUCUGGUAUUUGGGGUUGUGCAGAGGCCCUCGUGCGGGUUCCUUAUUAAUGGCGUUCACAGCAGCGAUGUUCUACACUAUAAAGAGUUAAUUAACCAUGAUCUCCACAGCCAUGGGUUGCUUGUUCAUGGCUUUUCCAUGGAGCUUCUGAGGAAUGGAAUGAAGCUGAUGUACAUGCAUGACAACUCUGAAAAUCUCACUGACAGCUUUAAAAUCCAGCUAUCAGAUGGAAAACAUAAAGUCCUCAGAACCAUUUCAGUAAAGGUCAUUCCAGUUAAUGAUGAGAAACCAGUGCUGAGCAAGAAGAAUGAUAUAGAGGUGAACAUAGGUGAAACUCAUAUAAUUUCUAGCGCUGUUCUGUCAGCAGAAGAUAAAGAUACCCCCAGGGAGAGAAUUUACUACUUAUUUGAAAGACUUCCAGAAAAUGGUCAGCUUCAGCUCAAGGUAGGACAAGGGUGGGUUACUCUCCUAACUGGAAUGAAGUGCACUCAGGAAGAGCUGGAUAUGAACCUUGUGAGAUAUGUCCACACAGGAACUGCGGGGUCCAAGAAAAAAGACAGCUUCACAUUUUACCUCUGGGAUGGGUACAACAGAUCCCCAGCUGUGGACAUCUACAUAAAUAUCAAGGACUUGGAAAAGGGAGACAUUGCUGUUUUUACAAAACUCCUCAGAGUGCCAAAAGGAGAUCACAGCUACAUUACAACUGAUGUCCUCCUUGCACUGGAUGGUUCUGACAAGCCAGAGGAGCUCCUUUAUGUGAUAACCUCCCCGCCCCAGUAUGGACAAAUAGAGUAUGUCAGCUAUCCUGGCAUCCCCAUUACGAGCUUCAGUCAAAUGGAUGUAGCACGACAGAUUGUCUGCUAUGUUCACAAAGCCAAGGCAGUUGUUCAUGAAGAUACAUUCAGAUUCAUCAUCAGCAAUGGACUGAGGACUAAGCAUGGGACAUUCAAGAUUGCCUUGGAGGCAGCUGACCAGGCUUUGCCCACUCUAUCUAGGAACAUGGGGUUAAGAUUAACUGAAGGAGCUGUGGCACUUCUUACCCCUGAUGUAUUGCAGCUUUCAGACCCAGAUACUGCGAAAGAAAACCUUACCUUCCUCUUGGCUCAGCUCCCCCAGUACGGUCAUCUCUAUUAUAAUGGGGCUGUGCUACUGCAGUACAAUUUCACACAGCAAGAUGUGGACAACAGGGAUGUUGCAUACAAGCACCGAGGUGGGAAUUCCCAGACCGACAGAUUUACAUUUGUUGCCUCAGAUAGGACUAACCAAGGCUUCAUCGUGAAUGGGAGGGUGCAGAGCGAGCCAGUGACAUUCACCAUUCAGGUGGAUCGUUCGGACAAAAUGGCACCAAAAAUUAUCCAUCUCCAUUGCUUUUCCGAUGUGGAACUGCUGAAGAAUGGCAAUUAUGGGAUCUAUAUUACUGCCAGGUCCCUGAGGGCAUCUGACCCCAACACAGAAGAUGACAAAAUAAUUUUUAAGAUUUUGCAAGGUCCUCAUUAUGGCUACCUGGAAAAUAUAACAACAGGUGGAUUCAUUCAGGAAGGAUUUAGCCAAAAGGAUUUAAACAGCAAAAUCAUACUUUAUGUCAUCAACAAAUCACGAGAAGUGAAUUCGGACAACUUGGAGUUUCGAGUGACAGAUGCCAGUGGAAACUCUGCGGCACCCCAAAGGCUGGAGCUACGAUGGUCUCGGAUUGAAAUGCUACAGACUGAAUAUGAAGUGUGUGAAAACACAGGAGUGGUGUCUCUGAAAAUCACCAGGGCAGGACACCUGGGGGAGUCUGCCUUUAUAACCGUGAAGGUCAAUGAAAUAUCUGCUAGGCUGGGAAAGGACUUCACGGUGACUCCCUCCAAGCUUGUUCAGUUUGAUCCAGGAGUGUCAACCAAGAUGUGGAAUAUAGCAAUUACCUAUGACGGAUUAGAGGAAGAUGAUGAAGUCUUUGAAGUAGUUCUGAACUCCCCUGUGAAUGCUGUUCUUGGCACACGGACAAAAGCCGUAGUGAAAAUUUUGGACUCAAAAGGAGGUCAAUGCAGCUAUUCCCAUUCUUCUGGCCAAAGCAAGCAUGACUUCUGGGGGAGAGGCAUGCUGUUUCCAGUUUCCUCAGGCUCCUCAGCACCUUCCAGGGCUGGCAAUGUUUCCUUGGAAACGAUCCUACUGCCUCCUUCCAAAGGGAUGAGAGAGCCUGGAAGGGAUAUGUGGCAGGAGCACAGCUUGGCGAAUCGGUCAAGGACCAGGCUGAGAGUAACUGGAAAUGGCAGAAUAGUUCCUCCUUCAUCUGUAUUUAGAAAUGAAACAGAUGUGAUUUUCAGAUAUCACGGGAUAGUAUCACUCAAAAUAGAGGAUGACACCUCCUCAGCUGAAACCAACAAGAAGGCACAACCAGAGAUAAAUGUAAUCUCCUCUAGGAAGACAGAAAUUCCACUGGCUGAUAAGGCAGAACUUGCAGCUGAACCAAGAUCAAGACAUAAGGACUUUAACUCUUUUCAAAAGGCUUGUACACCAGAUUUAAAGGGUCUCUUGCAUUAUGAAGAAAGCACACAGAAGUUAUUUCAGUGUGAUGGGAUAUCAUGGAAAUUGUGGAAUCCCCAAAGCAAGGAGGUAACUAUGAAGGAAUGUCCCUCUGGAUGGACCUACCAUGAGGGCAGCUGCUACUUCCUGGUAGUGAAUCACAAGGUCACCUGGAACACUGCUGCCCAGGCUUGCAGAGAACAGUACCUGGGGAGUCUAACAAGUGUAGCUAAUGAACAACACAUGCAGUGGCUGUGGGACUUCAGUGGGAAGAUGCCCUUUUGGAUAGGUUUGAAUGACCAAGUCAAUCCUGGGCACUGGGAGUGGAAUGGAGGAGAGCCUGUAACCUACAUAAACUGGAGAAGAGGCUCCUACCACUUUCCAGUGAGAGGAAGAAAUUGUGUAUUUGUGCAGAAGCGAGGAAAAUGGCAAGCAACUGACUGCAAGAAGGUUAAACCAAACAGCUAUAUAUGUUCAAGAAAGUUGUAAUGGAUGGAGGAUGCCUCUGAAAGAAUAUGGACACCCAUGCUAUUUCAGUAUGUUAACUGUGUUAGAAAACCAUUCUAAUUAUCAGCAAGGCUUAUUUUAUAUGCUGCCAGAGGUGCAGGUGCACGGGCCUCUAACAAAGGUAUAAAGAUCAGCUGCAAAAACUAAGCCCAGGUUAAGGUUUUGAAAUCUCCCCAAAGACUUUGAUCUGUCACUUACUCAUAUGUAUUUUUAUACCAAAGAGCUGAGUCUCAAGCCUUUCUGCACAGUUCUGUGCAAAAGUACCUUUUCUUUAAAGAAAGUACAUCAGUUGAUUUGCCAGGCUCUUAAAGGAAGGGUUAUGAACUACAGUUUUACACUGCAGUCACAAAAAGAGGAAUGCUGCUGGGGCUGGAAAUGAGGGUAGACAGUUGUCUAAAACCAGAUCUUUUGGGUGAUGAUGUGAGUGAUGUCAAGUAAGUACUGGAGUUUGUUUGGUGGAUACCAUAGUACAUCUUACAAAAGUACCAAUGGCUGGACAUUGCCUAGUGAGAGAGUACCAACAGGAGCAAAGCCUUGUACUUCUUCUACCUCCCAAGGCCAGCUUCAGAACCUAAUGAAUCUGCCCACACAGAAUAGCAUCUGUUUCACAUUCCUAAGCAAAAAUUUUCUUUUUUUUUUUUUCCUGGAACUGCAGGAUAGUACUGUUAUUUUUAGUAUAAUUAAGUAAUGGGACAUCUCUGAAUCAAAUCCUAUAGCAAAUGAUGAUUUAUUAAAAAAAAUAAACUUAAUCCUAGGAUAUUAUCUGGGGAUAUUCACUGAUACAUGAACAUCAAUAGGAUUUAUAUGUGUGCAUAAACCAAUGUAAUCGUGAGACAUAUUUUGUAGUAAAGCAGCUAUGGCUUUUGAAAAGUAUUAAUCUAAGUCCUUAUUAGGGAUUUGAGGCUUUUAAAAAUAAUUUUUAAAAAUACAGAUUUAUUUCUAAGAAUGCCUUAAAACUCAGCAAUUAAUAAGAAAAAACCAGCUGGCCAGAACUUAGUAUUUUAGAAAAAUACAGUUGCACUAUAACAACUUUGUAACAUUAUAAUAGAUUUAUAUUUGACCUGUCAAAAGCUUGCUUUUGGAAAUUUUUACUGCCAGUCUUAAAAUUACCAAAAAAACCCCAACCAACCAACCAACCAAAAAAACCCCAAGAAACAAACAAAUAAAAAAAACCAAACCAAACCAAACCAAAAUAACCAAAAAGACCCAAACAAAAAUGAAAUGAGGAUCCAAGUAUAGGCUUUCUAAAAAAAACAAAAAAAAUUAAAGCUCCUCUCAAUAGGAGCCAGUGUGUGGCAGUUGGUUUGGAAGUGAGUAGGCUGAAUUUGCCCUGCACCUAUGAACUCUCGCUCUUCCCAUCUGCCUGCCUGCUGCUGGCACUUGAUCCCCCCCUUGCUCAUCUGUUCAGCCAGCCUCUGGAUCAAUUUUGCAGCAGAGCUGCAAAUCCUCCUUCUUUUGGUUCCUCAUAGCAAUUUCUCAGUCCUGCAAGGACUCUGCUCUCUGAGCUAAAGGACACUGUUUCAAGGGUUAUAUCUUCCUCCUCUUUGCCUUUGUCAUGCAUGGGUUACUCAUCCUUCCUUCUUGGCUGUGACAAGUUAUAUCAACAUGUGAGCAGCUGAACAGUCUUUGUAUAUAGGAGAGAACCUCCCUUAAAGGACUGUUGCCAAUAAAUACGGGUGCAUUGCAGAAUCAGAGAAAAAACAUACUGGGGACAGAGCCUCCUCACCUUUUCUCUUGCUGUCAACAGAUGCAGACAAAAAUAUUUCCAGGAUUUCUCUCUCUCUCUUUUUUUUUUUUUUUAAGAUAAUAAUUAUGAGAAGUUUCUAGACACUUCUGCUAGACAGAAACUCCUUUGUUUAAGGAGUUUUCUAGGUCAACAUAGAUAUGCUACUUGUCUCCAAACCAAUUACUCCUGAAUAUCUGGUUUUAGACCUGAUUUUAUUCCUGAAAGUUUUCAUUACAGGGGAAAAAAAAAAAAAAAAAAAAAAAAAAGCAGCCUCCAAAAAAAACACUCUCAGUAUCUUCAGUAUCUUUUAGUGUUGUGUUCUGGAAUUCCAGGGAAAAUUGACUGAGACAUAAAUUUUUAUUUCUUUAAGGCCUUUUUAAAAUAAAAUACGUAGAAUUUAUUGAUGCUAAUUUGAUAAAGUCUAUUGAGAUUAUUCAAAUACCUCUCCCAAUUAUUUAAUAAAUUAAUGAUAUCAAGAGAGUGGGGAUUUUGACAAAGGUGCUUGUUACUUGAUCAGUAACUAAUAAAUUACUCAUACCAUCACAACAGUGACCUCAGGUUUGUUUUUGUGAGAGUAGGGGAAAUUUUCCCUUUUCUGCACUUCAUUUAAACUACUUUAAAGUGAUUUCUGCAUAGGAAGAUUUCACUACACAACUGAUUUUUAGUUGUGCAAACUUCAUGAGUUUACUGGCUUAGUUAUAUCUAACACAAUACACUAAUGAAACUAAAAUUCUUGUAUUGCAGAGCAAGCAUAAUUCUGCCCUGAAAGGCUGCUGAUUUUUUUUUCCAAGACAAUUAACUGUUCCAAACAUGUAACUAAUAAAUUUUAUUUUUCCUGUUCUUAAAUAGGUAUUUUUUCACAGAUCUUUACAUCUUUAUUUUUAUUAUUAGGUACUAGAGUUCAAAGAACAAAACAUACUCAAAUCAGAGAAAGCACAAUUUUUUUUUUUUCUGUUGACAUAGGAAGUUAUGGCUUCUAAGAAGUUUAGUAAUGGAUGGGCCUACAGUCCUGAGGAGUUUUGGGGAUUUUUUCAUCUUCAGGAUUUUUGAAUUAGACGCUGACUAAACUCCAGGAAAAAUCAGUAUUUAGGGGAUCAGCACUACUAGGAGUAUUUUAAAAGGCUGAAAGUAAAAAAAAAGGAACAUGUAAAUUCUGUUGUUCACAUAUGGAUGCCACACUUUCUGGAUAAACAGAGGAUUUACUCCAUCAGAACUAUAAAUCCAUACCCAAGAGCAACAGAACCAAAAUGUUAAGUGAAAAGAACCUAGCAGUUACCUUAGAUUUCUAUAAGGGAUGGGCUGUGUGAGCACUUUGUGUGCUUGUCACUUUUAACCACUAUCACUCCCUGUCAAAUAUCUUUUAAUAUUUCAAACAAAUUUGACAGGGAGGUAGUUAACUCAAAGCCAA